UUUUAUAUCGCAAGAAGACGGACAAUAGCCGAAGAUUUUGUUUCUUUUUUGCUUACAAAUAAUACAUUCGGAUGCUCGCGCAACAGAGUUAGCACGGUUGACCAUGGUGUGUUUGACUGCAGAGCAUUAUGGGUAACAGUGACAGUGUCAUGGUGCAGAAGCGGCUGGCCCGGUUUCGACCAGAGGAGCGGUCCGUGGUCGACGGGUUGUUUGACAAGCUUCAGGGCAACGAUGGGGCCUCGGGAAAAGCAGGGAAAACUCUAACUCUUGAAAUGCUUCAGUCCACAAUGGGCAGUUUGGUACCAGACUCCAUGGUGAAGAGGAUUUAUCAGGGCAUGUGCAGCCUGGACCCGGGACAGGUGGAACCAUCAGAAACAGAAAAGACACCUUCAGACACGGCGAAGACCAGCCAACUGCCUGCUGCCGCGUCCGGAGCCAGCCGGGAACAACUGAUCGUCUUUCUUGCCGACACCCUGCGAGGUACUGUAGAGGAASGGGCCCCCCUGGUCUUGGCGAUGUCUCACAGUGCAGCUGGAGUACCAAAAUAUGUCACCUAUGAACAGGUGGCUGAAUUUCUACAGGACCUGAUUUCCGCUGUAGUUCAUAUUCUGACCUGCAGGGGGCGUCUUCAAGGCUGGCAUCCUGAUCAAAUGGGUGAUACCUCCCUGGGUGUUAAACUCCUGACAGAACAGAUGUGUUCUGAGCUCAAACUUUCAGAUCAAGGAACUUGUGACGUCUCAUGUCUGGAGGACUGGCUCUUCAGAGUCUCCCAUGUCUCAGCGUAUUUGGAGAUUCUGGUAGCUGAAGGUUUAAACGUGUCUCUGAGUUCUUGGGUGGCUCCAACUCUGCUGCCCCCGUGCAUAGAGACGUCCUGGACAAACCUGAAAUGUCUGCUGGACCUCCCCACCCUCAUGUUUCUGGCUCCACAGUUACCGGACAACUACAGCGCCCCCUGGAGGCUCGUGUUUUCCACACACCUGCACGGGGAGAGCUUCACCAAGAUGGUGACGAGCCUGAUGCAUCAUGGUCCGACCCUGCUGCUCAUCAAAGACACUAAGGGCCACGUCUUUGGGGGUUUUGCAUCACAAACCUGGGAGAUUAAACCUCAGUUCCAGGGUGACUCCAGAUGCUUCCUGUUCUCUGUGUUCCCCACUCUGAGAGUCUACACAGCGACAGGGUACAACGAACACUUCAUGUACCUCAACCAGCACCAACAGACAAUGCCCAAUGGACUGGGGAUGGGCGGUCAGCACGACUAUUUCGGGCUGUGGCUGGACAGCGACUUCGGCCAGGGUCACAGCCGUGCGCGGCCCAAGUGCACCACCUUCGGCAGCCCUCAGCUCUCCGCAGACGAAGAGUUUACCCUGGACUCCAUGGAAGUGUGGGCCGUGGGAAAACCCAAACAGCCAGAGGAGGCGGAGGAGAUGGAGCUUGAGAGGAGGAAGAGCAUUCUGAAUGUGGAUCCAGAGGUUCAGGCCAUGAUGGAGCUGACAGGAAAGACUCUGCACUGCGAGGGGUUCCGGGAGCUGGAGGAGGACCUGGAUUAAUCAUCAGUUUUUACUCAGGCUCCCAUUCUGCCUAGUACUAACGCACUGAGACAUGAAUCAAUAUCAUAUUUGAUUUUUUUUUAACAUACAAAUCAUCGUUUCUAAUUAUAAAACUAAAAUCAACCUUUAAUUUAACAGUAAUUUAAAAUCAACCAUCCUUAAUGACUGUAAAUAAAGCUUAAAAGUUGGCUGUAAAGUUCGACACGGGACUAGCAGAGCAGGCUUUAUGUUGGUUUUUACUAUCCGUGCGAGAAAUUUUGGAUGUGGGUUCACACUUUGGCUCCCGUGAUGUUAAACAGAAUAAAACCUUUUUUAUGUGUUUCUUAACUUUUGAUGUUAUUAAAAUAGAAAAAUUAGUCAUUUUGUUCAAAUUGCCCCAAGUUAUACUAAAAAAUAAUGUGAAUUUCCUUGUAAAAGUGAGUGAAAUUUUUUAUUUAUUAACCUCAAAGAAAAUAUUGAAAGAUCAACAUCAGGGAUAAUAGAUCCCUCCUUGAAUAUUACGUAGGUUUAUCAGUGUAGUGUUGAUGGUUCUAACUUGAAAGUGAUAUUUGUUGUACUACUUUUUAAAGUUUUGUGCUUUAUUCAGUCCUAAAAAUCAGCUAAAGUUCUGGAAUUCUGUAUAUACAGUAAAUAUUUUUUAUUAUUAUCCCGCAGCACAAAAAGAAGUGUUUAGUAUUAACGUCAUGAGAAUCGUCUGCUGCAACUGUUUGAACUUUUGGYGAUUUAUUUACAAAUAUUUUAGUCGUUAGCUCAAAGUACUGAGAUCCAUAAAAACAGCUACGUUACAUAUUAGUUAAACCACUACAUCUCCUUCAGGCUGCAGAACUUUACAUUUUAAACUGUUCUUUAAAAAAAACUCGCAAAUAACAAAAAGCUCCUAAAAUGUAAAUUCAAAUCUUAUCAGAAGUAGUUGCWGUAAUUUUUGUUUUAGUGAUGAAACCCUAGCCCUUUCUGUUCAUCACAACUAUAUUAUUACGUUGAACAGGUGACAAGAAAUUGUGUAAAACAUUCCACAUCAACRUGCUUUAAAGUGCUUGUGACAUGCUUAUCCUUCAAAUACAAAAAUUCAAAGAAAACACUUUUUCAUAUAUAAUUUUGGCAUUAUACACAUCAACAUUU